AUGGUACCACCCCCGAAACUCCCUCUCCCCAAACCAUCCCUAUCCCCCUCCUCCACAUCCCCAUCCACCCGCUGGCUCGCCAUCCAAACCCGCGACCCCAAAUUUACCAACGCCUUUGUGUACGCCGUCCUCACAACGAAAAUCUACUGCCGCCCAACCUGUCCCGCGCGUCUCGCCCGACGAGCCAACGUCCGGUUCUACGAUACAGCUUCGCAGGCUGAGCUUGCAGGGUUUCGCCCCUGUAAGCGCUGCAAACCCGAGAUUGUCAUCAACAAUAGCAACAACUUGUUGGGGGCGGGUAGCAAUACCACAGCUACUAGUAGUGGUACUUUUAGUACUACUUUCCAUCCGCAAAUCCCCUCAGUGCAGAAAGCUUGUCAGACUAUCAGGGCUUCUGUGCAGGCGGGUUCGAAACCGACGUUGCGGAUGCUGGCGGCGGAGGCGGGGCUGACGCCGAGUCAUUUUCAUAGGGUGUUUAAAAGGGUGAUGGGCGUUACGGUUGGGAGGUAUGUGGUUGAUGUUAUGAGGAAGAGUGGUGACGGGGAGGUGUUGGAGGGAUCGCGGAGGGAUUGGGUUGGGGCUGAGGUUGAGGGUGAGGGUGCUGGAAAUUGGCCCGUGCUAUGGAAUGACUUCGAUGUUUUACUAGCCGCUGAGGAGGAUGAGUUCGCUGUUCCUACUACUGUUACAAUGCAGGAUGUACAACCUGUAGUGCCGGUGCAGGAUGAGGAACUUCUUGCUUGGCGUGCAGUAGGUUCUUACGGCGUUGGGGGAGGGUGUUCGGUUGAUGAAACGCUUGCAUUGGGUCAUGAAGCGCUGUAG